AUGCAAAAAACAUUACCAUCAUCUGAAACAACUCGUAUUGAAGUAAAUGUUUCAGAAUUUUCUCGUGGUGAAAUAUCUGUUAAACUUCGACGUGAUAAUACAUUACUUGUACAUGCAUUGCAUCUUGAUCAAUUUGCAGCAGACAAUUUUUUUCGUAAAGAAUUAGUUAAAACAUUUCCUUUACCAAUAGGUGCUGAUGUUGACAAAAUACGUUCUGUUAUACGAAAUACAGGUAUAUUAUCAAUUGAUAUACCUAUGUUAAAAGAUAAUGAUGCUAUACGACGUUCACAUGAAGAAUUAUUAAAAACAAUUGAUGAUCAAACAUUACGAUCAACGAAAAAUGAAUAUGAUCGUUCAAUAUCAAAUGCUGAUGUUAUAAAAUCUAAUCAUCAAUCAAUACGACCAUCACCAUCAACAAUACCAAAACGAACAGCUGAAUUUUUACACUCAAAAUUUCGUCCAUCAUUUACACCAAAUGGAAAAAAAUUAAUAUUAAAAGUUGAUACACGUGGAUAUGAUCCAGAUGAAUUAACUGUACGUUUACUUGAUAAUAAUUUAUUAGUACAAGGAAAAAAAAAAUUUGCAUUAAAUACAAAAAAAAAUGAAACAAAACACUUUAGUCAAAGUAUUCGUUUACCGGAUGGUAUUGAUAAAUAUAAUGUUACAUCACAAGUUACGGAAGAUGGUGUACUUGUUAUUGAUAUACCUUUACUUAAUUCAGUUUUAUAA